AUACCAGAGGCACCGCUAUUUUUCCCCUCUCUCCAUAACCUCACUCUCGGUAUUUUCAUUUUUCUAAUUUCCUCCUUUAAGUAAUAAAACAUGACUGCAAUUACAAAAAUUACUAGUAAUAAAAUAUUCGGCGGUACUCAAAAAGUAUUCGCACAUGAUUCGAAAGAAUUAGGAUGCAGUAUGAGAUUUGCCAUUUUCAUACCGCCACAAUGUGACCAAGGCAAAGCGCCUGUAAUUUAUUGGCUAUCCGGGCUAGAAUGCACCGAAGCGAAUUGCAUACAAAAGUCUGGGAUACAGAGACAUGCUGCUGAGCACGGUGUUAUAAUUGUCUGUCCAGAUACUUCACCUCGUGGGUUGAAUCUGCCUGGGGAAAAGGAUUCGUGGGAUUUUGGGGAAGGAGCAGGGUUUUAUUUGGAUGCCACAGAAGCGCCGUGGAAUAAAAACUAUCGCAUGUACAGUUAUGUAACAUCCGAAUUGAUCGAUGUGGUUAAUGCUAAUUUUCCCGUUAUUCCUGGAAAGCAGUCGAUUAUGGGACAUAGUAUGGGAGGACACGGUGCUCUGGUUUGUGCAUUGAAGAAUCCUACUUUAUAUAAAUCCGUCUCCGCAUUUGCACCAAUAUGUAACCCUAGUCAAGGUGCAUGGGGUAAAAAAGCAUUGGAGGGGUAUUUGGGGCCACAGAGUAAGGGUUUGUGGUCGCAGUGGGACGCAACAGAAUUGGUAAAAUCCUUCAAAGGAGACCCUAUGGAACUAUUUAUUGACCAGGGUACUGCUGACCAAUUUUUAAGUCAGUUGUUGCCAGAAAAUUUAAUAAACACUUGCAAAGAUACUCAAAUGCCCACAAUAUUGAAGAUGAGGGAAGGUUACGAUCACAGUUAUUAUUAUAUAGCUACAUUCAUCGGGGAGCAUGUCGCAUAUCACGCUCAGCAUCUCUGCAAUUAACUCUUGUAAUAUAAAUAACUAUAACGGAUUUUGUAAUAUGAAUAAAAUACUAUAUAAAACAA